GCCUGAAAGAGUCGGGUGAAUAUACCCAGACCGGUCAAUUGAAGAAACCCGAGGACAACUGAGACUAAGUUCCUCGAGAAUCCACAUCAAACCACCAGAGACUCUUUCACCUCGUUGAUCCCCUUUCCGCCUGUCGCGUCACCGGUUCCAGGAUGGCUACGUCUGUGCAGGACAGUUGCUAUACCAUCGUCCACCAGGACAAUUCUGCUGAUGCUCCUAGCUUGCAGGAUAUUCGCAAUUCCCUCGAGAAAGGUUCCGACAAUGUCAAAAUCGAGACCAUGCGCAGGAUCCUGGCAAUCAUGCUCAACGGUGAUCCAAUGCCCAACCAGCUCCUCAUGCACGUCAUCCGCUUCGUCAUGCCAUCAAAGAACAAGGUGUUGAAGAAGCUGCUGCACUUCUACUGGGAAGCAUGUACCAAGACACAAGCGGAUGGAAAGACACUGCUACAGGAAAUGGUCCUCGUGAUCAACGCUAUCCGUAACGACCUGCAACACCCCAACGAGUACAUCCGUGGGGCGACACUUCGGUUCCUCACCAAGAUCCAGCUUCCGGAACUCCUCGAGCCGCUUCUUCCUACGGCGCGUCAGUGUCUUGAGCACAGGCACUCGUAUGUCCGGAAAAACGCCGUCUUUGCAAUUUACAGUAUCUACCUUCACUCGGAGAACCUCGUCCCUGAUGCACCAGAGUUGAUUGCGAACUUCUUGGCUGCUGAGGGUGAUUCGAGCUGCAGGCGUAAUGCUUUCCUUGCGCUCUGUGCGAUCAGCCCUGAACGUGUGGUGCAAUGGCUCGAGGAGAAGUUUGACAACAUCACUGGAAUGGAGACUAGCAUGCAGAUGGCCGUGAUCGAGUUCAUUCGCAAGGACUCCCUUACUAACGCCCAGAACCGUUCUCGUUACCUCAAGGUCAUUCUCGAUCUAUUGGAGAGUCAGUCCAGCACGGUUGUAUACGAGGCUGCUACUGCUUUGACCGCCUUGACCAACAACCCUGUCGCCAUCAAGGCCGCCGCCAGCAAAUUUAUUGAGUUGGUCGUCAAAGAGUCCGACAACAACGUCAAGCUCAUCGUCCUCGACCGGAUCGACAACCUCCGCCGCAAGCACGAGCGUACCCUUGAUGACCUCGUCAUGGACGUCUUGCGCGUCCUCUCGAGCCCCGACAUCGAUGUCCGAAAGAAGGCCCUGGAUAUCGCAUUGGAGAUGGUGUCGAGCAGGAAUGUGGAGGAGGUUAUCCAGUUGUUGAAGAAAGAGUUGACCAAGACCAUCGACGAGGCCUACGAAAAGAACAACGAGUAUCGCCAACUUCUUAUCCACACUAUUCACCAGUGCGCCAUUCGCUUCUCCGAAGUCGCGUCCAGUGUGGUUCAUGUGCUCAUGGAAUGCAUUGGCGAGUUCAACAGCGCUUCCGCUGUUGACGUUAUUGCAUUCGUCAAGGAGGUUGUCGAGAAGUUCCCUGCCCUCCGUUCGGCGAUUAUCGCUCAGCUUAUGUCUACUCUGAGUGAGGUGCGUGCUAACAAGGUUUACCGGGGAGCAUUGUGGAUUGUCGGUGAGUACUGUACUUCAGAGACGGAUGUUCGGGAAGCAUGGCGGAGAAUCAGAACGAGUUUGGGCGAGAUCCCGAUCUUGGCUUCGGAGCAGCGUCUUUUGGAUGUUGCUGCCAACGAGGCUGAGGGUUUGAAUGGAGAUUCAGCAGAGGUCGCGGCGUCAUCCCAAUCAUCAAGAAAGGUUUUGGCUGACGGUACAUAUGCUACUGAGGGUGCUAUCACUAGCGACUCCGCCAAGAAGACAAGAUUGGAGGCAGUUAAGAAGGCGCAGAAGCCACCAUUGCGACAACUUAUUCUCGAUGGUGACUACUACCUCGCUUCGAUCUUGUCUGCUACCUUGGUGAAGCUCGUCAUGCGUUAUUCCGAGAUGUCAUCGGACUCUGCUCGGGUAAAUGCCCUGCGUGCGGAGGCUAUGUUGAUCAUGACUUCCAUUAUCCGUGUCGGGCAAUCUCAGUUCGUGAAGACUGCCAUUGAUGAGGAUUCAAUCGACCGUAUCAUCAACUGUGUCAAGUCCUUGGCUGAGUUUGAGGAGAACAAGGGUGUUGAAGAUGUCUUCCUGAAGGACACCAGAUCAGCAUUCACUGUCAUGCUGACGGCCGAGGAGAAGAAGCGCUCUGCUGCUUUCGCCCUCGAGAAGGAGAAGACUGCUGCACAGGCUGACGACCUUAUUAACAUCCGUCACUUGGCACGGAAGAACCAUGUCGAGCCGGUCAACGAGUUGGAGCAGGACUUGUCCAAGGCUACUGGUGCUGAGUCUAAGCUUGAGGAUGUUUCAUCCAAGUUGGGUCGCGUUGUACAGCUUACUGGUUUUUCAGACCCUAUCUACGCCGAGGCUUAUGUCAAGGUUCACCAGUUCGAUAUCGUUCUUGAUAUCUUGUUGGUUAACCAAACUAGCGAGACUCUGCAGAAUUUGUCCGUGGAGUUCGCUACGCUUGGUGACCUGAAGAUUGUCGAGCGACCAACAACUCAGAACAUCGGUCCGCAUUCCUUCUACAGUGUUCAGGCUACUGUCAAGGUGUCUUCUACCGACACCGGAGUUAUCUUCGGUAACAUUGUCUACGAUGGUCCUGCGGGAGCUGAGAGCAACAUUGUUAUCCUCAACCACAUUCAUGCCGAUAUCAUGGAUUACAUUAAGCCAUCACAGUGCACUGAGAGCCAGUUCCGCAGCAUGUGGACCGAGUUUGAGUGGGAGAACAAAGUAAACCUUAACAGCAAGGGAGCUAACUUGCGCGAGUUCUUGGCACACCUGAUGAAGAACACCAACAUGGCUUGUCUCACGCCUGAGGCAUCCCUUGAGGGAGAUUGUGGCUUCUUGAGUGCCAACUUGUACGCACGAAGCCUUUUCGGUGAGGAUGCUCUGGCAAACUUGAGUAUUGAGCAGGACGGAGAUGGACCGAUCACUGGUCAUGUCCGCAUUCGCAGUAAAGGACAGGGAGUGGCCUUGUCGUUGGGUGACAGGAUCGCAGCUGCUCAGCGGCUGAAGAUCACGGCGCAGUAGAAAAGGGAGC